GGAAAAUGAUAAAGUAUCACGUUUCGGGGAUUGUAAUAGAUAAAACGUCGUCGAUAAAUCUUAAUGUUGAUUUUAAGGCCAUAGCAAGAAUGUUUUUCUCAUGUAAAAGACCACGUAGAUAUUGUCAAUGAGGAACUUCAGAGUACUUGUGCGUACAAUCAGAGUGGCGUUUCAUAAAAUAAUUUUUGAAUGAUUGACCACAAGAUAUGAAUAUUUCAGUGUUCCAUUUUUAUUUAAAAAGCAGCUGUCUAUGAUGUCAAAAAGCCUACCUUUUAAUUCAUCGUGAGGAAUAUAAUACAUCUAAUUACCACUACACAUUUGUAGACAACAAUAUACACACGAAUACAUGUCUUGAAAUUCGGCUAUGAGGAACCUAGGAGGACUGUCUGGUUUUCAACUGAAUGAAUUUUAAGUUUAAAUAUACGUAUUUUAUUUUACAGGUAAUGAUAACAGUAAAGCACAGAAUCAAGGGGAAUAUAUUCGGUGUGUUGUCCACCAUGUUGAAGAAAUGAAUAGUUACGCCAUUAAAGUCUGCGGAAAUCAAAACGUGGGUAGACAGGUACAUAUCAUCGUGGAGAAAGAUGGAAUCGACGAUACUCUUUUCAUCAAUAAUCAAGCUCGGAAAGACAUACAGAUGUUCCUGGACGAAAAUCCAUCUGAUGAGAUUGAUGUCAUUCUGCAAAUACCGGAUGAUUCAACUACAGGGUAUGCAUAUCUCGGGAGUUACCUUUGUGAGCAAAUGCAAGGUAUUAAAAUCAAUUUUCUUCAAGCCGAGAACACUCCAACGCAUCCUUGGAUAUUCCUUUGUGAUACAUUCGACGACGAUAAGUUUCUAAAACUAAGAGAAACCUCAAAAGACCAUGGAUCUAUGUUCCUAAAAGUACAUGGCUGUCAAACUAUACCUAUUGAGGCAAAGAUCAGGGAUAUAGGCAACGACGAUAACAAACAAGUCAUUCAUCUAUUAAUGGGAACUUUUGAGAUUGACGAUAGCGUGUAUGUGAACGAUUGUGCAAAAGACAAACUCCGAAGAAUUGUGGAAUCGUUUGGACAUGUCGCAGAUGAUGAUGUGAAGAAAGAAAAAUUGGAAAGGAAAGGUCUAUCUUUUCAACAUCAUAGACGAAUUUACAUUCAAUGCCAUUCAAAUUUUCCAAAGAGAGCAUUCUUUAACUUCAUGGAGAGAUACAUUACAAGGAUUGAACCAAUUUGGAGAACUAAGGAGGAUCCCAUAGAGGAAGGAUCUCCCUGUAUUUUAGUCUGUUUCAAUUUGUCUCAUCUUCAGGCUGAUAUUGCGGAUGUCCUUAAAGUUACACCACAGGGCUGUAAAAACAUGCUUGUUGUGAUCCAGAACUGCCGAGAAGGAAUGUCACCACGACCAAUGCUGAAGAACAACCCGAGCGACAACGUUAUAGAUUUUACCAACAUCCUGUCCGAGGAUGGCGAGUGUUACGAUUGUCAUAUCAAUUCUCUGGCUGUAGAGAAAAUUCAGGCUUUCAUCGACAAUAACUAGAACGCAUGUUACAUUGCAGUUUACAUAUUUUUUUAUAACAGUGUAUAGUUUACAUUAUAGGAUCUUUGGAGGUAUAUUUACGUUCUGCAUAAAGUGUAGAAAAAAAAAGAAUAGUAAAAAUAGAGUGAAAAAAAGAUAUGAAAAGAUAAUGUACAUGUAAAACAUAGCGUAUAUGCGAAAUAUGUAUAGCAUCCAUCUGAAUCACCCUGUACAGGUAAAAGAUACAAAGUGUACUUGUAAAACAUAGUGUACAUAUAACGCAUAGUAUACAAGUAAAACAGUGUAUAUGUAAAACAUAGUGAACACAGUCUGUUAUCUUCAAUAUCCCAAAGAACCCUGUGCAUAUGGAGAAACUUACACCAAUCACAAGGAGGGGAGAUUAGUGAUUUAAGAACAUAUCAUUAUCUAAUUAUUUUACAUCCCAUUAACAUAUGUAAUUUAUAUAAUUAGUUUUUGAUUAUUUGUUUUACAUUCCUUCGAGAAUAUUUCAUUCAUAUUGAAACGUCGCUAGCUGUGAGUAAAGUACCACAGAUUGGCUCUCAGUGUCGUACAAGUAAGAUGUCUUUCACAUCCAAACGCCUGUCAUAACACAGGUCCUCCGUUUAUAAUGUCGUAUCUGAAAAAAGAAAAGAAUACUCUUAGUCGGAUUGCCUCUUCAACGUCCGAGGUCUUUACAUUCAAUCUUCUUUACACCUACAAGUGCAUUUCAUAAUUGGAAUUAAGUCAAUCUUUUCCAGCAAGUUUUAAUUAUCUAUAUUCUGUAAAAUGAUGAGGGGAUUUGAAACUCAAAAAAUGUUGUUACUUGCGUAUAUGAUAUACUAUAAUAUAAUUUUCAUUUUGGAAUAUACAGUACCCGCAACGUUAUUUUUGACAUGAUACACGAUAAAACACGAUACAUCCACGAUAGGAUAAGAUGCACACACGAUACGAUAGAAUACACACACGAUACGAUAUAAUACACGGUAAACCUGAUAAACGCAAAACACGAUCUUCACGAUAAACGGAAAACCUGAUAGAAAUGUUGUAAAAUUAGAAUCAAUUUAGAACGAAAUUUUGAUACCUACAACAUAAUUACAUUAUGUUGAUAAUAAUAUUGAAGGAUUUCAA